CCAAGCAUGAAGCCUGUGCUAGAGAUGCUUGCAGAUGCAGAUGAUGGGCUCGAUCCUCUGAAGAGGGAAUGGCGGCACAAUGUGCGUGAGCUGGCCUUCGACAUGGUUCUUCCGCAAAUUGAAGAAGUUGAAGGCUUGCCCUGAGAUCGCUGAUGCGAUCGAUGAACUGAUCAAGAAAUGUGCAAUGGAGGGAAGCAAGAGGCACAAAAGGUAUAAUUCUGUCAAUGUGGCAUCCAAUUCUAGCACUUUUGGUGUUGAUCCUCGCAUGCUGAUGCUUUAUGAUGAAGUUGAUAAACUUGUGGGAGUCAAUCGCGCAAAGAAACAUAUAAUUGAUUGGUUUACCAAGGAGAAAGGUGAGAAAAAUCUCAAGGUACUGACAUUCGCAGAUUUUGGAAGUCUUCGCAAGUCUAAUCUUGCCAUCAAAAUCUACUCUCAGCUGGAAGACCAAUUUCAGUGCACAUUUUUUUUGUCAUUGUCUCGAAAUCUCUGUAGAGAAAAGAUUUUGAGAAUGAUUCAUACAAACCUAGGGAUCACCUAUAACACAUCAGAUGACGAAGGGAAACUCAUUGAUAGGAUAAGAGACUACCUAAAAGAUAAAAGGUACUUCAUUGUGAUUGAUGAUGUGAGGGACGCAGAAGCAUGGAAAGCUAUUGAGCUUGCUUUGUUCAACAACACAUGUGGUAGCAGAAUUGUUAUAACAACACGUAAUUCCGCAGUUGCAUCAUGUUGUUCACAUGAUGGUGGUUAUGUCUAUCGAAUGGAACCUCUUAGCCUCAAAAACUCCAAAAUGUUGUUUUUCAAAAGAGCAUUUGGUUCCGAGGAUUUGCCAAAUCCUCAAUUGGAAAAAGUAUCUGAUGGGAUAUUACAGAAAUGCGGCGGCCUUCCAUUGGCUAUUAUGAUCAUGUCUAGCUUGUUAGCCGAUCAGAAUGAAGAAGAUGAAUGGAAAAGGGUGCUAACUGCUAUUGGUUCUGUACUUGCAAAGGACCCAGAUGAUGAUAUCAUGAAAAGUAUAUUAUCUCUCAGUUACUAUGAUCUUCCUCACCAUUUAAGAGCUUGUUUAUUGUACCUAAGCAUAUUUCCAGAAGAUUACGAGAUCAACAAACAACGUUUGAUAAAUAGAUGGAUCGCGGAAGGAUUCAUUCUCGAAGAACAAGGGUUAACUUCAUAUGAAGUUGGUGAACGCUAUUUUAACUACCUUAUCAAUAGAUGCUUGAUCCAACCAGUUGGUUCAAAGCAUGGUCAAGCAAAGGCAUGCCAAGUUCAUGGCAUCAUUCUUGAUUUCCUCGCAUGCAAGGCUUCUGAAGAGAAUUUUGUUACCCCAUUCAAUGAUGAUGCAGAGCAAGGGCUUGUUUCAGAAAACAAGGUCAGGGUUCGUAGGCUUCAUGUGAAUAAUCACAACAAAAAGGAGGUUGCCAGAUUAACAGGCCCAGUUCUCUCUCAUGUUCGAUCGCUUACUCUUUUCGGUGAUUUUGGGAGAAUUCCUAUGUCAGCAUUCACAGCUCUUCGUGUGAUGGAUCAAGAAGAUAAUUGGGACCUAGGAGGAAACUGGGGCUUAGGAAGCAACCAUCACAUGGCGCAUAUCGAAAUGAUGUUACAUCUGAGGUACUUGCGUCUAAAUUCCCCUUUAUUAGAUUUUGUGCUCACUGCAAGAACAGGAGGGUUGGAGAAUCUAGAAACACUGGACCUACUAGGUGUGUCAGUUGUAGAACUGCCUUCAGCUAUCACAAGGCUUCGCCGAUUGGCCCGGCUUUAUAUCUCUCACUUAGCUAGAUUUCCUAAAGGAACAAUUGCAAAGUUGCAGAGCUUGGAAGAGCUAAGCGAGUUUGGUUUCGUGUCGUUCCACCAACAGUGGGAAUGCUUGCAAGAAUUUAGUCAGCUAACCAAGCUGAGGAUGUUGAAGGUAAAAUGGGAUUUUGAUUGGUCUUUUGUUCAAGAUGAGGAGGGCCUUCAGAGUUAUAUGCAUGCUUUAAUUUCUUCAUGCAAUGUUCAUAAUCUAUAUAUCGGCAAUAUCCACAUUUGGCCGGGUCCUUACCCACUUUCACUGGAAUCUUGCUGCCCUACUACUACUUGUAGCCUCCAGAAGCUGCACAUCACAUAUUGUUUCAUCUGUAAGGUUCCAAAUUGGAUGAGCUCACUUGGAAAUCUCAAGGAAUUAAAGCUUUAUAUCUACUGUCUAAGAGCAGAAGAUGUUAAGAUACUUGGAGCAAUACCAACCUUGAUUUUUCUCAAGCUAAAAACCUUUUACGGCACCGAUGGGAGGAUCUUUAUCCCUGGUUAUAAAGGAUUCAGAUGCUUGAAAUAUUUUGGCCUGGUCAUGAUAUCUUGUGGAACCACACCAGAAUUUGAAGAAGGAUCAAUGCCAAACCUUGAACAUCUCAAGCUUAGGUUCUGUGUUCAUGAGAUGGAGUGCAUAAAUGGUGCUACCAAUUUCGGCAUCCGGCACCUCUCCACCCUCAACAAGGUUGAGGUCCAUAUCUAUGGGUGCUCAGUUAGUCACAAAGACUAUGAUCCAGAGGCUGAUAGGGAAGAUAGCAAUGCCAAAAAUGCUGCUUUCCUCAUCAAAGCCGCCGUUAAGGCGCUUCCGAACCGUGUCACUUGCAGUUUUGAACUAGCAAAAACUUAUGGAAACAUUGGAACUUUCCAUGGGCUUAUCAAAAUUUUGAAUCGACAUAAUGGAAUAUCGGUUGAGAGACUCCUUCAAGAAAUGCUUAAGUCGAGGGUGAAGCAAAUGAUUCAAAACAAUAUGGCGCGGGCACGGGGCCUCUUCUAGACAGAAAUGGUAAAUUCAAGAGGAUGAGACGAACCAAGACGAAGAAGUGAAGAACACGUUGGGAAUGAAUUGCAGAUGGUGUGCUAUGAAAGGUGCAGUUUGUGUGCUAGCUGCUAGAGAGCUGGAGUCAGCGAAUCCACUAUAAAUUUCUACAACUCUAUUGAAAUUUCUUGGAGUAUCUGUUGAAGUCUUUGUUUGUUGUGGUUGUUAGUGUACAAUUUGGAGCUGCUCUGUGUUGGUUUGAGUCGAAUGGUGAUUUAAAGUAUGUACCUAUCUGUUAAACCUGGUGCUUCUAUAAUUCUUCAUAUAAAUAAAGUGAGUUGGGUUUAGUCCCACAUCUGUAAUUGAUGAUA